AUGAGCGACAAGUACUCAUCGGAAGACGACGAGGACUCCGAGCUGCGGCUGAAGCUGAAGCGCAAACUGCAACGCAACCGAACAUCCUUCACCAACGAGCAAAUCGAGAACCUGGAAAGAGAAUUCGAGCGGACCCACUAUCCGGACGUGUUUGCGCGCGAGCGGCUCUCCGAGCGGAUCCAGCUGCCGGAAGCGAGGAUACAGGUAACGACGCCGGCGGAAGGCGCGACGCGGUCCGACGGUCGCGGAGUGGUAAGAUUGGCUGGGUUGUUGACCGCGGGACCGCGCCCGGAGCCUUACCGCAAAAUACCUCCAAAACUAGCCCGCUUCACCCACCAACCCGUAUCGUAA